UAGAGCAACGUAAACAUUGAUCAUGUAAUGAUAGGAGUCGAUCUUUAACCUAGGUAAACAUGGAGAGCCCAGAGUUAACUUUUACUUUAGCCUACAUAGUGUUCUCACUCUGCUUCGUGUUUACACCGAAUGAGUUCCGUUCAGCCGGUUUAACCGUUCAGAAUGUGUUCUCUUCAUGGCUGGGCAGCGAGGACCUGGGCUUCAUCCAGUACCACGUCAAGAGGAGCAGCAUCACCCUGCUCAUCCACUCUGCACUGCCUCUAGGUUACUAUAUGGGAAUGUGUUUUGCUGCUCCAGAAAAACAACUGGGAUACAUUCACCAGGUGAGUGAUGGCUGGAGAGUGUUUCUCCUCCUCUCUCUCUGCCUUCAGUUGGUCAGCUGGACACUCAUCAUCUACUGGUCCCGGUAUCACUGGCACAACCAUCCAAUCAGCCGGGCCCUGCAGGCCCACGUUCAGCCUCCUUACUCCAGCUGGGGCUCUGUGGCAACCAGCAUCAACACUGAGUUCAGACGCAUUGAUAAAUUUGCCACAGGGGCACCUGGAGCCAGAGUGAUCAUCACUGACAGCUGGGUGUUAAAGGUGACCACUUAUCAUGUCCACAUGGCUUUACAGAAUGACUGUCAUGUGACAGUGACAGAUUCCAGACAGCACGAGUUGACUCCAGACUCAGCCUCCCCAAUACAGCUCCUGACCCUGAGAGUGGAGAGCAUCAACCCUGCAGUCAGACCAUUUGAUAUCAGGCUGAUCUCUACAGAUUAUGCAGAGCUAAGGGAGAAGCUUCACGCUCCCAUCAGAACCUCUGCCAACGUAGUGAUCCACCAAACUAUAAGUGAUCUAUUUCUGGACACAUUCAGAGCUCAGGUGGACCUCAAUCCACCGUAUACACUCCCUGAGGGACAGGAGGUGGAGCCUUGUAUCGGCUGUAUGCAGGUUCCAGCAGGCACCAAGCUGGUCAGACUCUGUCAUGCAGAAGGAGCUGAUAAUGUGUUGGAGUGUCAGCAGUGUUUCUGCAGACCCAUGUGGUGUCUGUCCUGUCUGGGUCGAUGGUUCGCUAGCCGCCAGGACCAGCAAAGACCUGAGACCUGGUUGUCCAGCAGAGUCCCCUGUCCCACCUGCAGAGCCAAAUUCUGCAUACUAGACAUCUGUGUGGUCCACUGACAACACUCACA